CAAUAAUAUAAAUAGCUAUCCUCAGCCCUUCACAUUUAGACAGUAGACCGACCUCCAUCCCGUCUCAUCUUGUCUUAGCCCAGAAUCCGGCCACGAAAACCAUCACAAUGCAGCUCAAACCCCUCCUUGCCCUACUCACUACCUCCCUCCCAGUCCUCACAGCAGCUCAGCCCCUCUCCGGAGAGACCAGCCUUGCCAACUCUGUGCAAGUCAUGCAAGAAAAGCCGGUCUUUGCAACUGACUUGAUUGACUCGACAAGACGCGCCAUUCCCGCGGAACUCACCGCACUCCCACCUAAUGUUAUGGAGAAACGUCAGCUUGAUGGUGAAAUUGUACUUCCUCUCAUCAAACUCUUGAAGAAGGUGCUGAAAGGGUUGGCACAGGGUGGUGGAGGUGGUCUUGGGGUGCAGUCGGAAGAGGUGCAGGUGAUGUUGGAUGAAUUGAAGAAGGUGAGGGAUGGUUCGCAUAAGGAUACCAUGGCUUCUUCCUAAAUUUGUUUCUGGAUUGAUUUGGGUAUACAUGAUUGUGCGAGUUUGGCUGGCUACAUAUGCUGCGUACAAAACACAUGCAACAUUGAACUAGCCAAUGGUAUUGAAUUGAAAAGAAUGAAUAUGAACGGGUAUAUACAUCAGUGUCUCCAAAUGCGGAUUGCCUUGUCUUUCCCUCCACUGCCGACCUUUUGGCCAUCCGGACUCCAAUCCACCGCGAACACUUCGUCCCGGUGGCCGGGAAGAUCGAUCGAGAGUUUCCCUGUCCGGACAUUCCACACCUUCAAUGUCGUGUCCUUGGACGAUGAUACCAACAGACGCGAGUCUGCUGAGAAACAGCAUUGGUAUACUGC